AUGGAUAUCUGCAUCACCCAGAUCUUCACGAUAGAUUCGAACCCGAUGAGAUCCAAACUUCCCUCGGUCGCAUACGGCCGAUGCAUAUGCUGGGUAUUUGUGUUAAAAGCUGUUCUCUUUGUUCCAGAUGCGAUGGGAAAAUGGUGUCCAUCGCGGCGCGAAUGGUCCUCGCCCCCGGACGUGGCGCGGCGGGUCUACUCCUCCGUGUUCCUGGGUAGCCCGGGUGAGUACCCAGACAAGAAAGCAAUAAAACUAGCACCGAACCCGGCGCGGUCAGCCGAAAAUCACGCCGGGAGACGUGCCGCCGCUGACAGUCACGUCUAUUCCCUAACGAUCCGGCGAAAGCGGCGCCUCGACACGUUCCCGUCCAUUAUGACAGUUUUUAAAUGUACAUAUAACUUGUUGUGGGCAAAUAAAAUGCAUGAUAGCCAAUUGAAUAAUCUAGAAGAUAUACUUGGAGCGGCGAUCAUGGCCGAAACCGGCUCUCUUGGUGAAAUUGGGAGCGAAAAAAACGAACGCACCGAGCUCGAGCACAGCGCGAACGAUACGGCGCCGCCAUCUACCGGCGCGGCCGCGACACACGGACGUGUCAUUAGCGCGAUU